AUGUAUCGCAGUCGCAACAAGUCCAAAGCCGGUGACAACGAAGUACGUGGGCCUAAUAGUGCGCUGACACAGUUUCUGCGCGAACAGGGUAUCAGUGCGGAGUCUAUUAAAGAACGAUGGAAAAGUACCCGACAGAGUGAAUCGCAAGACUCCGCAGACGCAGCUGAGACUGACUCAGACAAGGGUGAUUCGGAUUACGAUGGAUCUUCCUCUGAUGGUGCGCCAGAAAGCGGUUUGGAAAGCUCCCGGGCGAGUUCCAGAGCUCGCUCUAACCCGGUAGACUCCGAUGAGGAGGAGUACGAAGAGGGUGUAGCCGCCCGACAGGGCAUCAGGCCAAAAAGGGAGCCCGAAAUGGUCCAGGAAGUGCUAAAACGGCGCAAGCAAGCACUGCAGAGACGCCAGGCGAAGCGAAAGCGUGCAAUGGAGCUUUUGGAUCGAAAGACAAAGAGAAUACCCACACUCCAGGACGUAUGUGUAGCAGUUAUUGGGGAAAGCAUAAUGAAGCAUAAGGAGCACAGUCUGAGUGUGAACAAACAUAUCCUAGAUGUUCUUGGGGGUGUAUCAGUGCACAAUAUGAAUAAACUUGCAGAUGCGUUGUCCAAGAGUCGCGCUCUGAACGACCGGACAUUGCAGCUGUUCUUGAACGUCAAUCUGGAGACAAUCACGUUCCAUGAUUGUUCCAAUAUUUCUGCGGAUGGCUACAAAAGCCUUGCAGCCUUUACGCCGCACUUGCGUGCGGUGUCUUUGCAAAUGUGCGGCCAGCUGAACAAUGAGGCCCUUUUGCUAAUGGCAGAGAAGUUGACUAAUCUUAGAGAGCUCUAUCUCGAUGGACCCUUCUUGAUAAAUGACGAGACCUGGGGUAUAUUUUUUGAACGCAUGGGCGACAAACUGGAGGCUUUCCAUGUUUCCAAUACUCAUCGCUUCACCGAUGAUUCCCUACAGAAAUUAUUACUUCAUUGUGGGGGCUCUCUGAGAUCCCUCAAGCUCUCGCGGCUGGACUCGAUUAGUAACUACGCUUUGUUGCCAAGAUAUCUGCACCAAGAUGUACACACUCUGAUAUUGCAGUAUCCCUCAAACGAGGAAGACAUAACUGAUGAAAUCAUGAUCAAUCUGCUGGGGGUAGUCGGCAACAGUCUAAAAGUUUUAAACUUGGACGGCUGCACCGGUAUCACAGAUAGCUUCCUGGUCAAUGGUCUUGCGAGCAACGUGCGCUCUGGCAGUGACAGUUGUUCACUGGAACGAUUAUCCCUAGAGGAAUUGGACCAGGUUACGUCCGAUGGAUUCAUUACAUUUUUCUCUUCGGUCCAGCUUCCCCGACUUCACUACCUCAACUUGAGGCGCUGCCAUCAGCUGGAUGAUGCAUCAAUUGCGGAGAUAUGGUUGAAUCCAUGUUCCAAAUUCCUCAAAGAGCUAAACUUGAACUCAGCCAGGAACCUGACGGCAGCUGGGUUCCAGCUAAUGUCCUGUCCAAACUUGCAGCAACUGAAUGUAGGGUUCGUCCGCUGCGUUGACGACAAAUUGCUCGCCCAUAUCAGCGAAUGUGCGCCCAACCUGGAAAUAGUAGAGGUGUACGGAGACAACCUCGUCACCCAGAAUGCCAGUGCAAGAGGCGUAACCAUCAUUGGGCGGCAGAGCGAUAGUAUAUAG